AUUAACCAUCACACGGCAGGUUACAUGACUCCAAUUAGGUACUGCUCGAUAAAAUGAAGGUGCCAGAGGAGGAGUUAAUGAGUGACAUUUUGAAGCGUCUCACAGGUGAGUCGGCGUUGCCCGUUUACAGCAACAUUGAGAAGUUCAAACGAGGCAAGGAUGGGUUCUACGUGGUGGCUGAGGACUUCCACGAAACUGUGAAAAAAAGAGAGCAGGUCAACGCCAAGGAACGGCUGAGGAUAAGGAACCUUAACACCAUGUUCUCUCGCUUGAAACGUAUGGUACCGUUGAUGCGACCAGACCGCAAGCCCAGUAAAGUGGACACUCUUAAAGCUGCAACAGAGUACAUUCGAUUGUUACUUGCAGUUCUACAGGAGACUGAUACUGAUUGUAACGAGACUGACUUCCUGAAGAAUACAAUAUCCUAUGGGCAGACUGAUGGCUUUGACAAUAACGUUUGGGAAGUGGAUGAUUUUCUGAAUAUGCCAGAGGACAACGUUGAAGAUGGCUUUGCCAUGCCAUCAGAAGCCGGAACAGAAGAUGGAGAUCUGACCAGACUGGUGUUGCAGCAUUGUGUGAUGCCUUCCUACCAGUUCAUCAUUCAAGUAGCACCUGAUCAGACCUCGGGAUCGUUAAUUUGAAGAAAGGAAUUUUCCAGACUCUCGUGUUUUAUUUUAUUUUUUAGUGUUUUUUUGGUUUUACUUUUGAAACUUAGUUGUAAUUGGUUGUUAGCAUAUGAAAUGUAUUGUUUCACCAAAUAUAUCUUUG